AUGUUUGGCCGGCCUGGAAUGCGCGACACUUACUUGGCCAGGACCAACGUCCGGUAUAGGGUAAGGAUUUUUGAUUGUUUCUUGUUGUUUUUAGGUCUUUAUUGGCUGUAAAUGGUCUUAAAAGGUGUAGUAGAGUUUGGUUUGUCUAUAUUUAGAAGAUUAGAAGUUAGAUUGAUGGUUCACCGCUAAAAUUAUAUUGAUUUAGAUGGAUUAGACACUAAAAGAUGGAUUUUAUCUUUGUUUUUAAUUACAGCUAGUUUUAGGUAACUCAAGGUUGAAUAUGGUUUAAAAAGGUGCUGUAAAGGCUGAUAAGUCUAUUUUCAUACGUUCUUUCAUCAGUAACUAUCAAAAAUAUAACUUUUUAGAUGGUAUUGAUAUCAGAAAUUAAAGUCCUUGUUUUAGGUCUAUUUUGUGGCUUUUUAGCUAAUUCUUUUUUCAAAUGGUUGAUUAUAACAUCCUAAUGCUGAUAUCAAAACUUUUUUUGCUUUUUUUAGAAUUUUUAUAAUUUACAUCAAAUAUGUUGUUUUAGAGAGAUUCCCGAGAAGUAUCGCCAAUUCGCCGAAGAUCAAGAAGUCGAAGUUAUGAACGUCGUCGAAGUGUUUCACCAACUCGAGUUCAUGUUAGCGAUACUAGAAGGUAAGUGUUUUUAGAUUUUUUUUUGAAUUUUAGAAAAUGAAGGUAAUAACGAAAAAAAGGUAAUAAAUGAACACGUUACUUGAUGUAACAAAUUUUUAAAGCUUGUGCAGUGAAUUCUAUAGCUCGUGAAGUUAAAAUAAAAUAUUUUAGUUUUUUAAUGCCAAAAUUAUAAAUAAUGGGAUCAGUUUAUAUUGAUGACGUUGAUCAAGGAUAAAAUCAUCGAAUUUUAAAAACUUUCUUGUUUUAACAUUUUAUUUUUUAUAAACUUUAGUCGUUACUCAUUGGAACAUCGAAGAAGAAGCCGUUCGCCAGACCGUCAUCGUCGUUCAGGUUCGCAUCGAUCCGCUUCGGCUAUGUCAAUAUCGGAUGGAGAAGAGGACAGGCACGGCUUUCAACGCACCUACGAUCCAGAAGAUCGUAAGAAGAUUAAGAUUACAGUUAACACGCACAUACCGCCAGAAGAGUCUCCUGAUAAUGGAACUCUUGUGUUUGGGCAUCGCAUUCGAAAUGCUCCGCCGAUGGAGGCCAAAAAUCGAAAAUCACGUUGGGAUGCGAACGCUCAGGCGUUUGAGCUGCCUGAUCCAGUCGAGAUUUUUAGUAGACAAGGUAAAAACGAUGAUGAGGUGGAGAAGCAGUCGCUUGACUAGCUGUGUUUUGUUGUUUUUGAGGGAUUUUGGUUGAUUUUUGAAUAUUGUAGGUGUCAAGAACCCAACUGAAGCCUUGGAGAAGAUCAAUCAAUUGCCUUCGAUGGCUGAACAGAGGUAAAUCUGGUUUCUUACUUCUUUUACUGUUUUAUAAUUGUUUUAUUUUUAUUGCGCGUUGAAUAUUACGACAUUUUCGUGUUUUUUUCUACUUUUAUAGCAUUUUAACCUCAAUUUUUGAGGUUUUUCAAACUUUUUUAAGUAGUUUAAAAGGUAAUAAAUUAAUAUUUUGGUAUGGCAAUGUUCCGCGUUUACAUUAUAAACAUUUCCAGAUACAAAACAGCUGCUGAUGAUAACGCCGCGAUCGAAGAACAACUUCGUCUUUUAGCUCAACAAGCCGAAAUCGAGAAGAUGACCGUCAAUCUACCCCCACAUUUGAAAGAUCAAGUUAAAAGUAAGCUCGACCCUUCUAGAAUCGUCAUUCCACCACCAAAACUGGUCGACCCGAAUGCAAAGAAAGAGAAAAAGAAGGAAGAGCAACCACCUUUGGAGGCUUCUAUAUCAGUGUCAGAUAUUAAGCGGGUGUCCCAACUCGCUAUGCCACCUCCAGGUUUGUUUAACGGUCUACCCCCACCAGGACUUCCACCACCGGGCUUCAACAAUCAACUGCCACCACCAGGAAUGCCUCCACCCGGCCUACCACCAUUCAUGUUCCCACCUGGAAUGACAGGAGGACUACCAGGAAUGCCAGGUAUACCAGGCCUACCACUAGGAUUAGUACCGUCGAUGGGAAUGCCUCCGAUGUCAACCAACUUCUCAAUCAACACAAUGCCUCCGGUUAGCACAAGCUUAGUUGGUGCUGGAGAUUUGAAGGCACCAAUUAUGCAAGCACCACAGCAAGUUGUUGUACCACCUCCUAUUAUCGACCCAACCGAAAGAUUGUUUCAAGCUCGAGCCGAGCUCUACAAACGGGAUUUGAAUCAGAUUACAAAUAUUCCAGCUCUAUUGGACUACUGUAAGCUUUUUUCAAGAUUAUUGGGGUUAAAAUUCGAUAAUAACGGGCUUUGAAGAUAAUAACACAAAAGAUGUACCAUGAAGAAAAGAAUAUUCUUGCAGAAGUGUGCAAUUUCUGACAGAAUCGUCUUCAUUUUGCAUUAUACAUAAGUAGUAACCUUUAAUCAUUUGACGAAGUUAAGGUAAAAUACGACUGCGCAUUUCUAACAUAUUUGAUUUUUUAUUAGUAUGUCACCAAAAAGCAUCUUCAAUUUUUUCUGACCCAAAAGAAUAAGAAAGUUAGACUAGACCAGAAUCAAAAGCUUUAUUAAAACUCAAAAAUCAUCGACGAUAAAUAUUAUAUUGUUCAUGAUUUAACAUUUUUGAGGUUUACUAACGCGUUUGUUUUCUGGUCUAGUCCAUUUUUUGUUAGAAAAGGUUGAAGAGGCUUUUUUGAUGUCGUACAGAUGAAUAAUUGAAGGUUGUACAGUUUUACAAUUUUUUUUUAAUUUAAAAAACCUUUGUAAAAUUUUAAAUGUGUUUUGCUUCACAAAACAAUAUAGGACGGGGAUCUCCAAUUUUUACAACACAAUAUAGUAUCAAACCUUUUAAAAAUUUCAGUAUGGUCUCAAGGAUUCGACCGUAUUCCACCGGAGGACCCGCCACUAUUGUUCAACGAAGUUAUUAAGAAAAAGGAAGGUAUUUUGGGUGUGAAUGCUUUAUAUCAGAUUAUCUGCUAUCAACACCCGGAACUGGAGACCUACUACUGUGGUAUGUGCAACCAUUGGACCACGGUAGCGGAAAUGUUCAACCAUCUUGUUGGCGAGGUUCAUCGCAUGAACUUUUUGGUAGGUAUAGCUUGAAUGACUCAUACAAUUAGUUAGAGAUUGCAUGAACUCAUACAAAUAGAUGAAGAUGGUUCGAAAAUGGUUUUAAAACUCGUAUUUUAGAACCGCAACUACAAGGUCUUUCAUCAGAAGGCUCAAGAACAUCCGCCAGGUGAAACACGAACCAAAUUUUUGCUGUUCAUUUCAAAAAAAGUUCAAGGAUUGGAGGGCAGCGGCCAAUGCACAAACCGUAUGAGAUGCAUCUUGAACAUUGAUGACAUACGUCGUAUUUGGCCCGAGUAUCAUGAAUAUGUCGACCAUUCGUGGAAGGUUGCUGCUGGUACGAAGUUUUGAAAUUAAAAAAAAUUUUAAAAUUUGAAAAAAAAACUAAAAUCAUGCAAAUUUAAUUGCAAUGUUCGGAAAAGCUUGUUUAAAGCAUUUUGGGCUUAAUUAACGCCUGAAAACAACUUUAAAAUGUUUUCAAUACCUAAAACAAGAUGAUUUAGAUGACUUUACAUUGGAUCCAGCUAUGGAUAAGCUAUUACAAGCCCAAACCGCGGCCGCAACUCAAGUCGAAGUGAUUCAUAAAGAGAAGGUACGGUCAAGUAGGUUUGAACGUGAAAAGUCAAAGGAAAGAGAAAGACCACGCGAAUCGAGAGACAGCAGACGGUCCAAGGAAAAAGAGAAGAAAUCGUGAGUUUUUAAGAAUUUCGAGUUUUUUAGGUAACAUUAUUGAGAUUUUUUAAAUUUUUGAGUAUUAAAAUUUUUCAAAUUUAAAUAAAAAAAAAUAUGUAAAUUUUAUUUUUUGCAUUUAAAGCUUUAUGAAUGAGUAAAAACGUCAAAAACUGUUUAGAAGCUCAUCAUCAUCAUAUCGUGACACUCGUGAAAGACGUCGUACUCGCUCCCGGUCUCGUGACCGUCGUAGGAGCCGCGACCGUCGCUCUCCAUCCCCAAAACGCAUCGUCAAGUCACCAGUUCGUAACUCGAGAGACUGGGAGAAGAAAACUAGCCAAUUCUUGAAUGAACUCGGAAACACUGGCCUGAAAUCGGCCUUAAAAUCCGUGGAAAAGAACACAAAAGCCGAGAUUCAGAAGAGACACGAAGAGGAUCAACAUACCUUCACCAGGAAGGCUUUAGGCAUCUUGAUGGAACUUCAAGCAUACCAAGAUACGAAGGGUCAAGUAGAAAAGAGCAUGAUCUACGCAGUGGCCGAAGAGAUGGGAUUAACCAAAGAUGCGGUCAACAAGUCCAAAAUCAUUCAACAAGGUCUGCAGCACUUUAACAUUAUAGAUGAUACCCCGGCCAGCUCGCGAAGUCACAAGGACGACUCACGAGGCAGCGACGAAAGAAGCCGCGAUUCCGAAACUCGUGGAGCCAAUGACAUUCUAAAAGACGCCGGAAUGUCGGCCGCCGAAAUGAAGGAUCUCUUGAGCAAAAUCGGCCAGACAACUUCGAAGUCGGCCCAAGAAGACGAUGAUGUUUGCCUAGUUUUCCCAACUCCAGAUAGUGACGAAGCCCUUUCGAAUCAUCCGAAUGUCAAAAAGUACAAACAAGAGAUUGCAGAUCUGAAGGAUAAGUUACAGAGCAAGUCAUUGACAGUUAAAGAGAGGAAUAGCAUCAGAAGCACAUUGGGAGUGUUGAGGAAGAAGAUGGAGAGUGAGAUCGAGAAGCAAAAGUAUGGUAAAAGACAAAAGAAAAAGGAUUAUAAUGAGCAACUACCGGGCUCAUGGGGCGUCAGUGCUUCUACUUUGUCGGCUAGAAGUAGGUUUUUUGGUACUAUUAUUGAUUUUUUAUGAAAUUUUUAUUGUUUUUUGUGGCUUUUUUUGAUUUUUCGGCGAAUUUUGGGCCAUUUUGAUGGAGCUUCUGUAUCUUAAAGCCAUGUUUGAUCAUUUUUUAUAGAUUUUUAUUGGUAUUCCAUAACUUAUUCUCGGUUUUCAUCCCUUUUCGGCCGUUUUUUUUCCCGAUUUCUAGCCAUAUUUGGCAAGUUUUGGUUGAUUUUUCGUCAAUUUUCAUCUAUAUAUGCCAUUUUUUAAUUGAUUUUCGCUACUUUUUUGACCCUCAAUGAUAGUAAAACACCAUCAUUACCUGAUAUAACAGUUUCGGCCGCUUUCAGGCUCCUCAUCUUCGUCCAGAUCCGAAAAGCCGGGCUGUGAUCCGGCCAAAGUCGAGAGAGAAUGGACUGAUUAUUACCUAAAAAACCCAUCAGCGAUCGGCGCAGAAGUUGAAAACGAGUACGAUGAAGAAUCAUACGACUCGUACUAUGGCAAAGGAACAUAUAAAAUAUUUACGGAAGCGAAGCGACGAGCGGCCGGUAAUGCAAAGAGGAUAAUCGAUAAGAAACAGGCAACUUCAAGGUGGUAG